ACAAAACCGAUUGGAAUCUUGUUUUUGAAUAAAUUGUCGGUCUGGGUUUUCAUUCAAAUUGUUUUCCCAUAGUUCAUGCAAACGAAGAAUUGGGAGAAGAAGAUCUCAAAUACAUCGAUUUUUCCCGAUCUUCUACAUUUCUGUUAAAUUAGGGUUGUAUUGCGAGUAAACCCUAACCCAAAAAAAGCUAGAAGUUAGAAAGUAAACGAGAUGAAGAGAGUGUUUGGUGCUAAGAAAGACAAAGAACCUCCUCCUUCCCUCAACGAAGCAUCGGAUCGGAUCAAUAAAAGAGGUGAGUCAGUGGAUGAGAAAAUCAAACGACUUGAUGGUGAACUCGCUCGAUAUAAAGAGCAGAUCAAAAGAACUCGUCCGGGUCCCGCUCAAGAAGCUGUGAAAGCUCGUGCAAUGAGAAUUCUUAAGCAAAAACGAAUGUAUGAAGGACAACGUGACAUGCUAUACAACCAAACUUUUAAUCUAGAUCAAGUCGCAUUUGCUUCCGAGGGUAUCAAAGAUGCUCAACAAACAAUGUCGGCUCUGAAAUCAGCAAACAAAGAGUUGAAAGGAAUGAUGAAGACUGUAAAGAUACAGGACAUUGAUAACUUGCAAGAUGACAUGAUGGAGUUGAUGGAUGUUAGCAAUGAAAUACACGAGUCUCUUGGUAGAAGCUACAGUGUGCCUGACGACAUUGACGAAGAAGAUCUCAUGGGUGAACUUGAUGCUUUGGAGGAAGACAUGGGGUUGGAAACAGCUGGCGAAGGUGUGCCUUCAUAUCUUCAACCUGACAAUGAAUCCGAUUUUAAUGAAGAGCUCAACUUGCCUUCAGCUCCCUCUGGGCAUGCAAUACCAUCCCGCAUUGUUAAGGCCGAGGAUGAAUUUGGUUUGCCUCAAGUCCCACGUGCAUCUUUACGUGGUUAGAUGAUAUGGUGCAAAAACGAUCAUGAUGAUUACUUGAUGUAUUUGCAUGACUUUUAAACUAUUGUUUGUAUUCUUUUUGGUUGAUUUAAGUUUUGAAUUUUUUUA